CGCGUCCUCCACUGGAGAAACACGCUUGUGGCGUCAUCUGAGUGGUGGUAGGAUCAACAAGGCUGGUCGAUCCUAUCUUAGCCUCGUGCUCUUGCCCUCCAAUGCUACGUCACACGACAAGGAAACAGGAUUCAGUGCACAGUGCACACCACGAAGCGACAUGAACAUGAAACCUAUAUUUGAUGCUGCAUCUUCCCUCAAGGUAGGAGAAUUUCAUACUCAACUUCCAGCUUCAGAACAAUAUCCAUCAAAUCACAUACCCUACCUAUAACUAUACAUACUACCAAGCCAAUCGAUCACAAUGGGUCUUUUCGGUCACAAGAGCGAGCCAACUCCAGCACAAGCUGCCCCUUCUCGACACUCGACCUCGUCAGAAGGUAGCCGACUUUCCUCCGGCUCGCGUAGGUCCGGUGGAUUCUUACACCGCAACCAAGAAGACCCAUCCAUCAGCGAUGCUCGUCAACGCGUUGCCUCUGCGGAAGCCGCCGAGCGCGAAGCCGAUCGUGCCUUGGUUCAAGCUCGUACUGCCGUGAGAGAUGCCAGAGAACACAUCAAGCGUAUCGAGAUGGAGGCCGCUGAAGAGGCUCGUCUUGCGAAAAUUAAGCAGCAGAAUGCCAGAGAUAUCUCAAAGAGAGCCAAGCCUCUCGGACGACACGACCACUACUAGAUGAUACCCCUCUCGAAUCGAGAAUGGCAGGCGAUUACAGCGUUGUGUGAUGAGCGUUGAUGGCCAACAGCGUGUACAAAUAUUUCCCCUUGUUGCGUCUGUAUAACUAUAUCAUUGUAUUUAGCGAGUCUUUGUUACAGGGAAUGAUGAGAUGUCAUGAUGUU